CGCAGCCGCUGCGGGGACUCUGGCUCCAGGCUCCUGGCGAGAUCCCCGAGCCCCGGCGGCUGGUGCUGGGAGCCCGGAGCCCGGGCUGCAGCCGGGAGAGGGGAAUCUCCAGCAGGGCCCUUCCCGCUGCUCCCCAGGAGCCUCUCCCAGGGCAGAGCCCCCAGCCCGGCCAGGCCCCUUCCCGGCCCGGCCCCUGCCCCAGGGGGCCCCGCUCGGAGGGAAGGCUGAGGAAUCACGUCCACGUUUUUCUCCAGAUGGGCCCGUCUUCCAUGAGACAGGGAACGGAAAUGUCUGUGAUGGAGCCAGCUCAGAUGCCGGUGACCUUCGAGGAGGUGGCUGUGUAUUUCACUCAGGGGCAGGGGGCUCUCCUGGACCCUGCUCAGAGAGCCCUCUACAGGGACGUCAUGCAGGAGAACUACGAGACGGUGACCUCACUGGGAUUCCCCCUUCCCAAACCUGAGCUGAUCGCCCGGCUGGAACGAGGGGAGGAGCCCUGGGUGUCCGAUCUCCAAGUCUGCGAGGAAAGAAGGCUUCCGAGAAGCACCCGUACAGGUGCUGAGCGAGGGAGUGAGAAUGAGGCGGGGAAUCAUCAUGAGGAAGUUCCUGGGGAAGUGGAACCGCAGGGGACCUUUGUGGGAAGAGCUGAAGGGAAUUUUUCCCAGUGCUUGGAGCAGGCAGAAGCCUGGGGAAGUUGGCAUAGGUCAGAGAGGCUUCUGGGACACCUCCCAGGGAAGAAAGUGGAUGAAUCUGUUUACGGUGGGGGAGGAGAGGAGGAUCCCACAGCGCCGCAGACAAAUCCCAAGAAAGAGCCACCCUGGCACUACCUUCAGUCUCUCGAGUGCGGGAAAUGUUUCAUAUCAAAGACACAAAUAAUUAGACAUCAGUUAAGCCACACAGGGGAGAGACCCCACAACUGCUUGGACUGUGGGAAAAGUUUCACAGAGAGGGCAAACCUUUUUCAACAUCAGGCAUUACAAACAGGAGCGAGACCCCACAAGUGCUUGGACUGUGGGAAAAGUUUCAUAAGAAGGUCACACCUUGUUUAUCAUCAGGCAAUCCACACAGGAGAGAGACCCCACAAGUGCUUGGAUUGUGGGAAAAGUUUCAUAGAGCGGUCAAACCUUGUUUAUCAUCAGGCAAUCCACACAGGAGUAAGACCCCACAAGUGCUUGGACUGUGGGAAAAGUUUCAUACAGAGGUCAGACCUUGUUAAACAUCAGGCAUUACACACAGGAGAGAGACCCCACAAGUGCUUGGACUGUGGGAAAAGUUUCAUACAGAGGUCACACCUAGUUCACCAUCAGGCAUUACACACAGGAGCGAGACCCCACAAGUGCUUGGACUGUGGGAAAAGUUUCAUACAGAGGUCACACCUAAUUCGCCAUCAGGCAUUACACACAGGAGCGAGACCCCACAAGUGCUUGGACUGUGGGAAAAGUUUCAUAGAGCGGUCAAACCUUGUUAAACAUCAGGCAAUCCACACAGGGGAGAGACCCCACAAGUGCUUGGACUGUGGGAAAAGUUUCAUAAGAAGGUCACACCUUGUUUAUCAUCAGGCAAUCCACACAGGAGAGAGAUCCCACAAGUGCUUGCACUGUGGGAAAAGUUUCAUAGAGCGGUCAGACCUUGUUAAACAUCAGGCAAUCCACACAGGCGAAAAGCCCCACAAGUGCUUGGACUGUGGGAAAAGUUUCAUACAGAGGUCAGACCUUGUUAAACAUCAGGCAUUACACACAGGAGAGAGACCCCACAAGUGCUUGGACUGUGGGAAAAGUUUCAGACAGAGGUCACACCUAGUUCGCCAUCAGGCAUUACACACAGGAGAGAGACCCCACAAGUGCUUGGACUGUGGGAAAAGUUUCAUAGAGCGGUCAGACCUUGUUAAACAUCAGGCAAUCCACACAGAAGAGAGACCCCACAAGUGCUUGGACUGUGGGAAAAGUUUCAUACAGAGGUCACGCCUAGUUCGCCAUCAGGCAUUACACACAGGAGAGAGACCCCACAAGUGCUUGGACUGUGGGAAAAGUUUCAUAGAGCGGUCAGACCUUGUUAAACAUCAGGCAAUCCACGCAGGAGAAAAACCCCACAAGUGCUUGGACUGUGGGAAAAGUUAUUUACAAAGAUCAAGCCUUGUUCAACAUCAGGCAAUCCACACAGAAGAGAGACCCCACAAGUGCUUGGACUGUGGGAAAAGUUUCAUAAGAAGGUCACACCUAAUUCGCCAUCAGGCAUUACACACAGGAGCGAGACCCCACAAGUGCUUGGACUGUGGGAAAAGUUUCAUACAGAGGUCACACCUAAUUCGCCAUCAGGCAUUACACACAGGAGCGAGACCCCACAAGUGCUUGGACUGUGGGAAAAGUUUCAUAAGAAGGUCACACCUUGUUCAACAUCAGGCAAUCCAUACAGGAGAGAGACCCCACAAGUGCUUGGACUGCGGAAAGUGUUUCAUAUGGAGGUCUGACCUUAUUAAACAUGGAAGAAUCCACACAGGAUCUAAACUUCUGUGACACGUGUCAAGAAAGGUUUAAGCAACUUGCAUGUAAUUGACUCAGGGUCAACGUUUAGAGAGAGAUUUUAAAAGUGUGUCCACCUUAGAUAGCUAGAGAUUGAAAUGUAAAUGUGUAUUUUCAAAGACUUGGAAGAAGAGGGCAAGUCAUGUCUGAGUAACCUAAUUGCCUUCUAUGACGAGAAAGCUGGCUCUGUGGAUGAGGGAAAAGCAGUGGAUGUUUUAUUCCUUGAUUUUAGCAAAGCUUUUAUAUGAUCUCCUACAGAAUUCUUGCCAGCAAGUUAAAGAAGUGUGGCCUGGAUGAAUGGGCCAUAAAGUGGAUAGAAAGCUGGGUAGAUCGACUGGCUCAACUGGUAGUGACCAAUGGCUCCAUGUCUAGUUGGCAGCUGGUAUCAAGAGGAGUGCCCCAAGGGUCGAUCCUGUGGCCGGUUUUGUUCAGUAUCUUCAUUAAUCAUCUGGAGGAUGAUGUGGACUGCACCCUCAGCAAGUUUGCCGAUGACACUAAACUGGGAGAACUGGUAGAUACGCUGGAGGGUAGGGAUAGGAUACAGAGGGACGUAGACAAAUUAGAGGAUUGGGCCAAAAUAAAUCUGAUGAGGUUCAACAAGAACAAGUGCAGAGUCCUGCACUUAGGAUGAAAGAAUCCCAUUCACUGCUACAGACUAGGGACCGACUGGCUA